AUGAAGUUAUUUACUCCUCCUAUAACAAAUCCCAACUUUGAUCCUGCUCAAUCUAUAAGGGAAUCGUACGGUGUUAAAGCAGUUUUUCAAAAACCUGUAAUUGUACAAAACGAGAGUGAGCCUUUCAAGAUGCUAACUGCUUCGAAUUCAGGCAAAAAUGAUUAUAAGGAGGGUCCAAGCACUAAUACCUCCGGAGUAGUUAAAUUAACGAAGGAAGAAAUAGCUGAAAUAUGGAAGAAUACUCAGGAAUUGCCCAUGGAGUUGUCCAGUAUGAUUGAUGAUUUCAUUACAGACCUGAAGGAGCCAAAAUAUGCAAAGCCGCUAAGUAUUGUCGAACUUUCCUCGUUAUUUCAAGCUUUUUAUAUUAAAUUUGAUAAAUUUGCAUUCCAGUACUUAUCCAAUGGUGGCAGCUCAGCUGCAGGUGCUCCUACUAAUACUUCAUCUGGUGGGACUUUCUUCAAUGCCAAGGAGACUCUGAGUAGUGGACUGAGUGGGAUCUUUGCAAGAAGUAGAAGUGGUAGCAAUACCAAUAAUUUGAGAGGCAGAAGAAAUAGAAGAUCUUCAUCUUUAUUCAGUUCUGAUUCAAAUAAUAAUGCAACUCAGAUGUUGACGCCAGAAGAAAUCGGUCAAAUGAUGAGAGUAAAUGAAAUUAAUAACGUCACAAUUGAUAGAUACUUGGAACUUUGUGAGAAUGCCAUUUUCAAAAAACUUUUACAAGUGGGUACUGCAGUUUCUUCUCCUAUGAAGAAACCUAACUCUAAUAAUAAUAUUCAAUGCAUCAAUAAUGAGAAUUCCUUAGUUGGUCAAAGUUCUUCUGAACCGGAAGCUUUCAACGUCGAAAAUCUAUUUAGAAAUACGCCAGAGUAUAUUCAGUAUAAUACGCUGCUAAAUGUGAAAUUGGGAGGAAUACUGAACCUCUGCUCCCAUGAUAAAUUUUCUCUUGAAGAUUUCCUUGGUAUUUCAAUGACUAUGGACAUAGGGGACAACGAAAGCCUGUUUGCUACUAUUGAUUCUGUUUUCCACCAGCUGAUUGAUGAGUCAAUUUCCCCCUAUGACAAGAUGAAAAGUGUAUUGCAACUGCAUACGGCAAUGACAACGGACAUUAAACUUAUGUCCAAUGACGAUUAUCUUUCCUUACUAAUAUAUUAUAUUAUAAUGUUAAAUCCACAGAAUCUUUUCUUUAAUUGUGAAUACAUCAAGCUGUUUAGGUACAGGAAAAAAUUGGUCGAAAACGAGCUUUACGCAUUGACAAAUCUAGAUGCUGCACUGACAUUUAUUGGGAGCCUGACAUUAGAGGAUUUUUCUGAGGAUUUAGUAGCUGAAUUGGCUGAAUGUGAAAAGAAAGUGUUUGAAUGUAAGAUUUCAGAUAAAGUCACUUUGCCUGUUGUAGAUACCAACAAUUUCAGAAAUGGGAGUAAUGGCUCUUCCAAAUUAUUGCAUACAAGUACGGAACCGAUGAUUCAAAAUAAUUCAUACGAAAGAUUUAGGGCAGUUUUUGACUCUUCGUUGAGGAGUGUUCUCGGGAAAAUGAGGUCAUACACACCUCCUGCUGUUACAACCCUGUACAAAAAGUAUUCCCAAACUUCAAUUGAAAUAGAGAGAAGUUCAGUUUAUAGUAAUAGUAGUCAUGAUAAAUAUUUACAUGUCCAACGGUCGAACAGUAACAAUAAACAUAGACAGAUGGAUUCCAUUAAUUCGAUUCUAUUUAAUGCAACUAUGCCCAAUGAUUGGAAAAAAUACAAGGAUUCUGAAUUUGAUAAUUUGAAGAUUACUGAAUUGAAGGAAAUUUUUGAUAUCUAUCAGAAAUUAAUUUCAAAAAAUGAGCAAUGCAGUAAUUACAAUCUAUAA